AAAAGAGCGAUGAAAACAAUAGCUGGAAUUCCUAGCGUAUUAGGAGAGACUGGAAUGUAUUGCAUAUUUGGUCAAAUGGUUGUCAAUCAGAGCGAGAGACUGCGUCAAUCUGCCUACAGCUGCAGCUGGGUUGGCGCUGAAGCUCCUUUCAAACAAGCGCUCGUCAUAUUCGUGAUGAGAACAUUGCAACCUCUGGAGUUCUCAGUGGGCAAGUUAAUUAAGCUGUCCAGCGAGACGUUUUUAAAGAUUCUUAAUAGCUCAUACACUCUUAUCAAUCUUCUGUAUCAGUUCCAAGGACCAAAAGACUGAACUUCCAGAGAAGACCACAU